AUGUCACGAUUCUUCCAUGGAGGUGAUAGCGACAGUGACUCUAGCUCUUCUGACGAGGAGGAGCUCUACGAGAAAGAAGAGGAAGAGUCCGAUUCCGAGGAGUCUGAGGAGGAAGAAGAGGAGGACGAGGACGAAGAUGAUUCUUCCGACGAAAGUGUCAAAGGCACCGGCGCGAGCCGAUUCUUGAGAGCUGGUGCUGACGAUGACUCGGAUGAGAGUGACGAAGACGAAGGAGAACGGAAGGUCAGAUCUGCUAAAGACAAGCGAUUGGACGAAGUUCAACAGACCAUCAGCAAGAUCGAGAAUGCUCAGAAGAACCAGGAUUGGUCCUUGAUCAGUGCAGAAUUCGACAACCUUAACCGUCAAGUACAGAAGGUCAUUCAGAGUGGUGGCACACCUAAAAUCUAUAUCAAGAUCAUCGCCGACCUCGAAGAUUUGGUGAACGAGACCAACGAGAAGCAGAAGGCCAGCGGCAAGAAGAUGAAUGCAAACACAGCCCGUGGUUUCAAUGCUAUGAAGCAGAAGAUCAAGAAGAAUAACAAAGAAUUCAUCACAGAGGUCGACAACUAUCGCAAAGACAAAGAUGCCUUCAUGGAGUCUGAGGACGAGGAAGAGCUGCCAAAAGCCAAGCCGGCUCGACGUGAGCGAGCACUGGGUACUGAGAUUGACGAGCAGCUGGACGACGAAGGAUGGGCCUCAGUCGGACGAGGCGGUAGGGCUCUUGUCUACACCCCCGAAAGUAUUCUGAAGCAUCUUCGAACCAUCGUCGAAUCUCGUGGCCGAAAGAACACCGACCGACAAGAACAGAUACGGAUCAUGGAAAAGCUGCUCGAAGUGGCAAACACACCUUACCAGAGAGUUCGAGUAUUGUUGACGAUUGUCUCCACAAGAUUCGAUGUCACAGCAUCAUCAGUACAAAAUUACAUGUCACAAGAACAAUGGAAAUCCGCACAGAGAGAGUUCACCCUCCUCUUAGAAGAACUUGACAAGAACCCGUCAUUGGUAGUGGUUGAAGGCGCGGAAGAGUGGGAAGACGAUGAGAAACAGCCGCCUACUGAUAAUCUGUUGAAAGUGCCUGGCAGCGUGGUGUCUCUGCUGGAGAGAUUGGACGAUGAAUUGACUCGAUCAUUACAACAGACCGACCCACACACAGCCGAGUACAUUGAGAGAUUGAGCGACGAGCAACCUCUGUAUGACAAUAUCGUUCGAGCCUCGAUAUACUACGAGACGAUCGGCAAGAAUCCAGAGGUGGGCAAACAAACAGAUAACAUCAACAGAAUCGUUAUCCGCCGGAUUGAACACAUCUACUUCAAGCCAUUAGCUGUCGUCAAAAUACUCGAAGAGAAGCUGUGGGCUGCUUUACCUUCUAGACUCAACUCAGAUCUUACACCCAGAGGCAAGUAUACUGAAGUGGACGAACUUGUACAAGCAUUAUGCAAUCACCUUUUCGAAAACAGUGAAGGCAUUAUUCGUGCACGAGCUAUGCUCUGUCAGAUAUAUUUCCUAGCUCUACAAGACAGCUACUACAGAGCUCGAGAUCUCAUGCUCAUGAGUCACUUGACCGAGAAUAUCGCUAGUUUCGAUGUUAGCACUCAGAUCCUCUUCAAUCGCACACUUGUUCAGAUCGGCCUUUGCGCCUUCAGAGCGGGUCUCUGCUAUGAGGCUCAAGGAGUACUCCAAGAAAUUUGCGGUUCUGGUCGUCAGAAGGAAUUACUUGCUCAGGGAGUGAUGAUGCAGAGAUACUCAACAGUUACACCUGAACAGGAACGAUUGGAGCGGCAACGACAGCUACCAUUCCAUAUGCACAUCAACCUGGAACUUCUGGAGUGCAUAUAUCUGACGUGCAGCAUGCUUCUCGAAAUUCCUCUACUCGCUCAGACUGGAUCCUCACCUGACGUGCGGAAGCGUAUCAUCUCGAAAACUUUCAGACGAAUGCUCGAAUACGCCGAGCGACAGGUCUUCCAAGGUCCACCUGAGAAUACGCGAGACCAUGUAAUGCAGGCUGCCAAGGCACUUGCACAAGGUGAAUGGAAGAAAUGUCAGGAGCUGAUCAACAAGAUCCAAAUCUGGGAUCUGCUUGGUAACGACAAAGAUAAGAUUAAGAGCAUGCUUUCGGAGCAGGUACAGGAGGAAGGUCUUCGGACGUACUUGUUCACUUAUGCUCCCUACUACGAUACAUUGUCAAUAAGCACGGUGAGUGGUAUGUUCGAGCUUGAUGACAAGAAGAUUGCUGCGAUCGUGUCGAAGAUGAUCUCGCACGAGGAGCUGGCUGCAGCUCUUGACCAAGUGAACGACGCAAUUGUUUUCCGUAAAGGCGUUGAGCUCUCACGGUUACAGAGCCAGAUCUUGUCCUUGUCAGAGAAGGCUAUGGGCAUACUGGAAUCGAAUGAGAAAGUGCUGGAGACACGAACAGCAGGUACAAGCAAUGCAUUCCAGCGAGAUCAGGGUCAACGCGGUGGACGAGGUGGGCGAGGGGGUGCACGCGGCAAUCUGCAGGGUCUGGCGAGGACUGGACAAGGUCGCCGUGGCGGAGGCUUUACUGGAGGUGUGCUUGGUGGUGCGAUUCGGACAUAA